ACACUCGAACACGCCACACGGUACAAGACGCUUCAGCCAGCGGAGGCGGAUAACUGGCCAGACGCCUCCUAUCUGCAGCUCCAGACCAAGAAGAUUCCUCACUAAUUCUCUCCCGGCUUCAUCCCAAGCUUGAAGAGGAGGAAUAAGGGAAGAAGAAGGAAGAGGAAAGUGCUUUGUGACUUCCCUGAGAGUGAGGGCAAACGCCGUCAAUAGAAAGACUGAGAGAGAGAGCAGGGGAAAUCUCCCCCUCGCCCUCUCUCGACCCGGAUCACCGUCAGGCUGGCUGGCACAGCCAUGGCCUUCACCUUUGCGGCCUUUUGCUACAUGUUAACACUCGUGUUGUGCGCCGCCCUCAUCUUCUUCGUCAUCUGGCAGAUUAUUGCGUUUGAUGAGCUGCGCACAGACUUCAAAAACCCCAUCGAUCAGAGCAACCCCACCAGAGCGAGGGAAAGAAUAUUGAACAUUGAGAGAAUCUGCAACCUCCUCCGAAGGCUGGUUGUUCCAGAAUAUUCCAUCCACGGGCUGUUCUGCCUGAUGUUCAUGUGUGCGGGGGAGUGGGUGACUCUGGGCCUUAACAUCCCGCUGCUCCUCUAUCACCUCUGGAGGUUUUUCCACCGUCCCGCAGAUGGCUCUGAGGUUAUGUACGAUCCAGUGAGUGUGAUGAAUGCAGACAUCCUGAAUUACUGCCAAAAAGAGUCCUGGUGCAAGCUUGGCUUCUACCUUCUGUCCUUUUUCUACUAUCUGUACAGUAUGGUGUACGCUUUGGUCAGCUUCUAAGUGAUCAAAUGAAGGACGGAGGAGGACUCUAAAAAGAGAAGAAGAGAAACGACAGAACAAAUACCGAACUAUGUUGCGCUCUCCUCUCCUCAUUUCCACAGACCUUGUUCAGCUCCUCCUCAGAUCUCCUGGGUGGGGAUGGACGAUGGACAGAUGUAGAAAACGGAGCCAUCAAAUGUAAAGCUGCCUCAAUCACUGCCAUUAAAAAAACACAAAAACAAGAGGACAGGUGGAACCAAAUGAAAACGAGUGCAAUAGAGAGCGAGAAGGAGGGGAAAUGGUGAACAAAAGGCUCAGGCAGUGUGGAUGUUUUGUAACACCGUUUCAUUUCUCAAGGGCUGCUGAACAUUUCCGCUGCUCAUAGCAACAAAACGCUUCUUAACGCCGACGAAGAGACACACAACCAGACCAAUACCGAAUGUGUUUCCUUGAAUUUAAAGUCAACAGAUCUUGGACUUUACGUUGCAGUGUCCUUUCUUUUGCAGAUAACAACCACUUCUUUUGUAUGUGUGUGCGUGUGUGCGUCAGAGUAUUUAAUAACUGCUAAGUAUUUGCUAUUUCAGUAUUCGUGGUAGAUAUACCUAUACAAUUACCCUGUAUGUAGAGGUAUAAUAUAAUAAUAGAUUAAAUAUACGGCUCAGUUGUUGCAGUUCAGUCAGGGUAGUUCUCUUAGUGUCCUUAAAACAAACAAA